ACGUUUGAAUGGUAUGGCGACUACAUACAGCUAAGCGAUAUACUUAGUAAAUAUGUAAAAAAGUCGGACAAAAUAUUGAUGGUUGGAUGUGGCAAUUCAGAGCUGAGUCGCAUGAUAUAUGACAUAAAUGCUUGCCAUGAUAUUCUUAGUAUUGAUACAAAUGAAACAGUGAUUGCUCAAAUGAUAGACAAACACAAUAGCAAUGGUCAAAGACCAGGGUUGAUAUACAAAUGCUUGGAUGUGCUAAAUCUCCAUGGCUAUAUUGAUGCAAGCAUUAGCUUGUCUAAAGAGGGCAGAUCACAUUUUUCUUGUGUUAUUGAUAAAGGGACUCUUGAUGCCUUGCAUACACAUGAGGGUAGCGAAGAAACUGUUGAAAUGAUGUUUCAACAAAUAGAUUAUGCUCUACAAUUGUCUGGACGUUAUAUAGUUAUAACGCUAGCACAAGCUCAUAUUUUGCAGAGCAUUUGUGCUUAUUUCAUUGAAAGGAAACCGGAAUGGGUUGUACACAUUCAUCAAAUAACUUCCAAUUCUGACCAGGAAUCUUCCCGUGCUUCAUUUCCUCUACCGGUGUUUGUUUUUGUCUUUGUAAAACUUCGGUGCUCACCAGAUCAUCUCCCUCGUUUAUCCAUUAUGCCUCUUGCUCAAAAGCAGCAAAUUAAUAUGUCUUGGGUAGUCAAUCCUACCGAAUUGAGCGCGCGAAUUAAAGAAUGGAUAAAAAUGGAACAAGAACUUUGUCUUCUUAGACACGAACUCGUGUAA